GGAGAUGAUUCGGGAGGAUAAAGGCUCCAAACAUGGCCGACCUCUAUAUCCCUGUGGACGGGUAGGAAGGCGGUUAGAUCUCCGACAUGUACGUCAAACUGACUGAUCUCAGAUUGUGAUAGUGUUGACACUCUGGGGUGUUUCGGAGUCCCGUGUUUAUACACAAGCUGAGCUGGAUUUAUUGGCCAGUGUGCACUAUGACCAGCUACCCCGACACCUGCAGCUGAUGCUGAAAAGAGGGAAGAAAAUGGGCGAUAGCAGUAACUGGUGCUGUAAAAACGGAGCGGACCAGGUAGUUACAAACACACAGGUGACAAAGAUCGUAGCCCACACCAUCAAAGAGUCGGUCCAGGUUCACACACAGGACGGAUGUGGAUUUCUGAACACCAAGACAUGCGAGACUACCAAUAUACAAUAUGUUGAGAAGUUGAUCACCUACAUCGAUACCCAGCUCGUCCCUAACAAGGGCGCCUGUCCAGACCAGCAGAUCACAUGUUGUAACGGCUACGUGCUUGCCGCUGAUAAUUGUUUGGCUGCUGACGGCCAAUACCUUAGCACACUAACGGAUGCACUGAUCAAGUUACAAGGUGCUGGACUUCUUGGAUGAUAAAAAAUUGUGAGCUAAAUUAAAAUAAAAUAAAAACUGAAGAAAA